AUGCCAGCUGCAAGGCAAUCAAUCCGGGCCCCCAACCCUCCCAUUGAGGACAGUGUUUUCAAGUCCUUCCGCCUUGAUGGGAGAACAGUCAUUAUCACCGGCGGUGCCGGUGGUAUAGGAUACGAAGUUGCUAGAGGCCUUGCGGAGGCAGGUGCUAAUCUUGCCAUUUGGUAUAAUACGUCAACCAAAGCUGAGAAGCUGGCGGCAACAAUUGCUCAAGACUUCAAUGUCAAGGUGCGGACCUACAAGGUCGACGUCCGUGAUUACAGCACCGUGGAAGCUGCAGUGGCCAAAGCUGCAGAGGAUUUCGGCCGUCUUGAUGUCCUCAUCGCUAAUGCCGGAGUUCCGUCCAAGGCUGGCGGGCUCGACGAUAAAGUUGAAGACUGGGAUCGAGUGCGAGCUAUUGAUUUCGAUGGGGUAUACUAUAGUGUGCGCGCAGCCGGCCUCCUGUUUCGCAAGCAGGGCCAUGGCGUCGCUAUCCUUACUGCGUCCAUGAGCGGACAUGCUGCCAAUGUUCCCCAGGAGCAGAGCUGUUACAAUGCAUGUAAAGCGGGGGUGAUUCACCUUGCAAAGUCCCUAUCCGUUGAAUGGGCGAAAUGGGGAGGCCGCAUCAACUCCGUGUCACCGGGAUAUAUCGACACCGAGAUCUCGGGAGAUUGUCCGUUUGAGAUGAAAGAAGAAUGGUUCAGUUUGACACCAAUGAAGAGGGAUGCCGACCCUCGAGAGCUGAAGGGUGUCUAUCUAUACCUUGCAAGCGAUGCCAGCUCUUACACGACCGGGGCUGAUUUCGUCGUUGAUGGAGGAUAUACAGCCAGGUAG